AUGAACGAGAAGCCGGUAUCCGAUACACCUCCGCCGGGGGGCCCGCCGCAUGUUGCCGACGCCUCGCCGGAGAAUUCGCAAUCGCCCGAGCCAUCGUCAAGGCGCGAUGCCAUCGCCUGGUGCAAGAGCGUGUUCUUCGAGACUAUUCUUGGUCGGAAAACGCUGCCACCAUCGAAAAAUGGACGCCAUAUUCCAUUGCGACUUGACCAAGAUGCGCCUCUGACAGACGAAAGACGUGGUGGCCAUCCCUACGUGUCCAACGCUAUCCGGACUUCCCGAUACACUGUUUACGACUUUAUUCCGAAGCAGCUCUUCUUCCAGUUCUCGAGAAUCGGUAACUUUUAUUUCCUCUGCGUUGGUGUCCCGCAGACUAUCCCGGGACUCUCAACAACUGGAUCAUUCACAACGAUCUUGCCGCUUUUAUUCUUCGUCUUGGUCACAGUCGCCAAAGAAGGGUACGACGACUUCAAGCGCCAUCGCCUCGACAAAGUGGAAAAUGCGUGCACCGCGAAGGUGCUGAAGCAUUCGAAACAUGGUAGCCAUGCAAGUGCCGAAAGCUGGCUGUCCACACUCCGAAGCAAGAUUGGAAAGAACCGUGAUCAAGGCGCGACGCAUACGGACUCAGACGCGCCAUGGAUCUCAACCAAAUGGGCCGAUAUCGAAGUCGGAGACGUCACUAAAUUGGCGCGUGACGACCCCGUGCCAGCGGAUAUUGUGCUGUUGCACGCUGAUGGGGAGAAUGGGCUGGCUUACAUCGAGACCAUGGCCCUAGAUGGCGAGACAAACCUUAAGAGCAAACAGGUGUCAACUGCCAUCACGGACUGCGACACUGUGGAGGGUCUUCUUUCUAGCAACGCCGAGUUUGUUGUCGAAGAUCCCAAUCCAGAUCUGUACAAGUUUGAUGGAAAGGUUACCGUCAAUGGCAAAUCACUGCCCUUGACAUCCGCCGAGAUCAUCUACCGAGGAAGCAUUCUGCGCAAUACUGGAUGCGCCAUCGGCAUUGUGGUCAACACUGGGGAGGAGUGCAAGAUCCGCAUGAACGCCAAUCAACAUCCGAAGGCUAAGAAGCCUGCUCUCGAGACUGUGGCCAACAAAAUUGUUAUUACCUUGGCCAUCUACGUUAUCGUACUCUCAGUUGGAUGCUCCAUCGGCUAUAUCUUGUGGCAGAGAUCUCAGGAGCGGAUAACCUGGUAUUUGCAGGACGCAGAAGUCAAGAUCCACGAGAUUGUCAUCGGAUACAUCAUUCAAUUCAACAACGUUAUCCCACUGGCUCUGUACGUCAGUCUCGAGAUUGUCAAGGUCGGCCAGCUCCUAAUGCUCAACUCCGAUAUCGAGAUGUAUCACGAGGAGACUGAUACGCCGGCCCGGUGCAAUACCAAUACCAUCCUCGAGAACUUGGGCCAGGUUGGAUACAUAUUCACCGACAAGACUGGAACCCUCACUGAGAACGUGAUGAAGUUUCGAAAGCUGAGCAUCGCGGGCACGGCAUGGCUUCAUCAGCCAGAUGUCGAGAUAGAAUGUGAAAACAGCUCUGUUGACACCUUAGCCGAAGCCAAGCAAGGUCCUCGAAUCUCGACGCAGUAUGUUCGACCUGAGGUGGUAUCAGACGACUGUCUCCAGUCGCCGACGUCAUUCGGCAGGCCAUCCAUGGCUCAGUCCAGGGCACCCUCGACACAAAGAUCUUCAUCCCAGUGGAGGUCAACUGGCCGCCCAGAUCACGUACAACCUGACGUGACAACAAAAGACCUCUUGGAGUUCAUCGCUUUGAGACCGCACUCAUUGUUCGCGAGACGAGCCAAAGACUACAUUCUGGCCAUGGCGUUAUGCCACACGUGCCUUCCCGAGUUCAGAAACGGUGAGAUGGAGUACCAGUCGUCCUCCCCAGACGAACUCGCAAUUGUCCGGGCUGCCCAGGAGCUUGGCUACACCGUGAUUGCCCGGUCGUCUACGAGCGUCACCCUGCGUCUUGCCUCCGAGCCGGAUAAAGAGCUGGUAUUCGAUAUUUUGGAUGUCAUUGAGUUUAGCAGCCACCGCAAGCGCAUGUCCAUCGUCGUGCGAUACCCAGAUGGCAGAAUCUGCAUCAUCUGUAAAGGCGCCGACUCCGUCAUUCUUCCUAGACUCAAAAUGGCGAAUCUGGCAUUGCAGAAGGCCCAGGACGUGAGGAAGAGCGCCGAUCUGGAGCAUGAACUUCUCCGAAAGAGCGAACAGCAAGAUCGGAGAACAAGCAUCGGCGGGCGCGCCAGUAUGACUCUACGCAGAAGUCUAGGUCUGCAACGCACUGCGCCUGGCCCAAGCUCAAGGCCGCCGAUGGAUCGCAGCGUGUCGUUUGAAGCCAGUAAACUACGGAAGUCUGGCGAUCUUCUACGCCCUUCGAUCAAUAUUCGCACCACCUCAUUCGAAGCCUCGCCGACCACGCCCACCUUCCCUCACCAAACCCCGGAGAAGUUCGCAUUUCUCGAUGACCCUGCCAUUGCGGAUGACUCAACGAUUUUUACGCGAUGCUUCAAACACCUCGACGACUUCGCGACUGAAGGACUCCGCACCUUGCUCUUCGCGCAGAAGUUCAUUUCCGAGCAGGACUAUCGCACAUGGAAGCAGUCGUUUGACGCCGCAGCCACCAGUUUGACGGAUCGCCAGGAUAAGAUUGAGGCUGCAGCAGACACCAUUGAGCAGUCUUUCAACUUGGUCGGUGCCUCUGCCAUUGAGGACAAGCUUCAGGAAGGUGUCCCCGAGACGAUCGACAAACUCCGACGGGCCAACAUCAAAAUAUGGAUGUUGACGGGCGAUAAGCGAGAGACGGCUAUCAAUAUUGCGCACUCCACUCGUAUCUGUCAGCCGGUGUCUGAUCUCUACACUCUGGACGUGACGAAGGGUGAUCUCUCCGGUCAGAUGACAGCGCUGUCGGAAGACCUAUACUCCGGCACCGUUCACAGUGUCGUCGUCAUUGAUGGACAGACACUGGCCGCGGUCGAGAAGUCUGAAGGCCUGACGGCACAAUUCUACUCAGUCGUCCCGCUCGUCGAUUCUGUCAUUUGCUGCCGAGCCUCUCCUGCGCAGAAGGCACUCAUGGUCAAGACUGUGCGGUCGCAACUCAAGAACAAGAAGGGCGGACGCAUGGGGUACGGCCUUACCCUCGCCAUCGGAGAUGGCGCAAAUGACCUGGCCAUGAUCUCCGCCAGCCAUGUCGGCGUUGGUAUCUCAGGCAAGGAAGGGCUCCAAGCCGCACGAGUAGCUGACUACGCUAUUGCCCAGUUCAGCUUCCUCCAACGUUUGCUCCUCGUUCAUGGUCGGUGGAACUACGUACGCACGGCAAAGUUCAUUCUGUGUACCUUCUGGAAGGAGAUGUUCUUCUACCUGCCGACCGCGAUGUACCAGCGCUACAACGGUUACACGGGAACGUCUUUGUACGAAUCGUCCAGCUUGACGGUCUUCAACACCUUGUUCACCAGUCUUUGCGUGAUCUGCAUGGGUAUUUGGGAACAGGAUCUUAGCGCCGAGACCCUUCUUGCCGUCCCGGAGUUGUACGUGUAUGGACAGCGCAACAUGGGCCUCAACUUGGCAAAGUACACCGGAUGGAUGUUUUCUGCUGCGUGUCAAGGCGUGCUGGCGUACUGGGGUGUUUGGGCCGGAUAUGUGUGGUUCGCGCACUCGAGUGAUCAGGGCCUCUUCGCCGUGGGUGAUUUGGCGUUCACUCUCGGUGUCGUCUGGAUCAAUUACAAGUGCUUCAUCCUCGAGACGCAUCACAAGUCGGCGAUUGUAAUGGGUUCGUUCUUCAUCACCUUCUCGGGGUGGUGGGCCUGGAACGCCUUUCUCUCUGGCAUCUACGCUCCGGCGCCGUCGCCAUACGCGGUCCGCGAUGGCUUCUCGAAGAUAUUCGGCGCGGACGCCGUCUGGUGGCUGACCUUAAUCAUAAUGACCCUCCUGUUCAUCCUGAUGGAAACCGUCUUCCGGACCCUUCAGAGGUCGGCCAUCUUGGCCGGUCUUUGGAAGUGGCCGUGGGUCAGCAAGGAGAACGAUGUGUGCGCUGAUGAGUGGCGGUUGGAGCUUUGGCAGGAACUCGAGAGGGACCCUGACGUAAGAGAGCGGUUGAGGAAGCUGGCUCGUGAUGAGCCCGAAGAUGACGAGGAGGAGGAGGAUGUUGACAUCGCUGUGUUGGAGAGGGCUGUGUCGUAA